AUGACUUUAACAGGUACUGAAGGCCUUGAAAUAGCUGCUCAUAAUGUUUUGGUUAUUGUAGAAUCAAAAACAGAAAAAUCUUUUGUCGGAUCUUGUGGAAUGCACUCUCAAAUACUUAAAUCGAGUCAAGCACGAUCUGAAUAUGCAUUUGUUCAGGCACAGAUACCAUCAAAGAGUCCAUUUGUACCUAAUUGGACUCCAAAUUUAAAAUCAACGAAACCAGCAUCGAUUAACUACAAUUAUCUGUAUUUCGGAGAUGGAUUCUACAUGAUACCUGUCUCAAAGGCAGUGAAUUUGAGCUUUGUUUCAUACAGAACAGUUGUAUUUCAUAAUCCAACAGAUUUUUCUGGAAAAAUUUAUACUGCUGAUAAUAAAAAAUACACAGAUAUACUCGGUGAUACAAAUUAUGUGGGAACAAACCUCACAAAAACUUGUACAAUCACUAUUACACCAAAAUCUGAAUCAAAAAUUUUGUCAUUUUCGGUUUUGUCAGUUGACAAUGGCAGAUUUUCUGAUUGCGAGACUUUUGAUGUUUUUCUUGGUUCUGACACUUAUUUCCUUGCAGGAAGCAACGACGGACAAGCUCCGUUACCCGUAAAUAUGACUAUUUCGCAAACAACAAGUAGUUGUAUUUGGUUCACUUCACAUGACACUUUUUAA